AUGUUUCCCCAAGGCCAAGGGUACAACCUGAUGACCCCGGAUAAGAUGCACGUGGCCAAUUGGCUUCGAAGUCUGCCCACAAGUGGAGAUCUGGGUACAGGCUACCGUCCGCCCAGUCGGCUAGAAGUGAGCAAGGCCUCCCUGGUCCUCAACUUGCCCUCUUCCCACCCUCCUCAGACCGCUCUGCCGCGUCCACCACCACCGCCGUCCUCGUUCGAGAAGGCCGACACAGCAGAGGAUGAGCCGCCGAGUUUCCAAUCUUCCGAGGCUCAGAUGCUCUUCCCACCUCUCACCUCUCCCGUACCCACACCGCCCAAUCACAACCAUCCGUCCACCAACAAUCUGGCCAAUCGACUAUCCACCAGACAUUUACAGCAGCAGAUCUCCCAAAUGAAAAGGGAGGCCUCAUCCAUCAGUCGGUUGAAUGCUCUCAACCGCGGGCGACUUUUCGGCUCCCCCUCACCUACCCCCGCGGGUCCCCUAGGCACGCUGGCGCCUCACCCUGUGGAGAGGGAGGUCGCCUCACCCCGCGCUGGUAUUUCCACUUCCACCAGUUUUAACACCUCCCUUCACGAACAGCAACAGCAGCAGCAGCAGCAGUCUGUGAUCCCACAAACUGGCACCCGCGAUUUCAAACGCCGUGCUCAUCUCUCCCAGUCAGUUUACCUGAGUUCAGGCGAACCCGUGCACCAGUCGCAGCAUCGAUUCGGCCGACCUCUGGGCGAGCAGCGCUCCUCCCGAUUCGCUAAAUCGGCAGACUUCCAAAGUCCCAACUUGGCGUUCGAGGCAGACCAACAGGCAUUUCAUAGUGGCAAGCUUAAAAAACACGGCUCGAAUUCGUUGUUACAAUGGCUUAAGCAGGGAGUUCGCAAAAUUCGCAACAGUAUACGCCGCAGUCUUAGUCGAGAGGAUUGGCCAGCACAGUCGAUGCCCUCUUUCCCUAUGUUCUAUCAGAACACUACUACCGCCAAUUCCGUCACUCCGACCAUGGGAGAGCAUAAACGUCAGCCGUCGUGGAGCUCCAGAACCCACAAGAGCCGCAGUCGUACGGGAACAGCACGCGGCUCCAGUGGCGAUGUCUAUCCUCUGCACUCUGCUCUGCCACACAUCGAAUAUGACCGCGGUAGCUCCAUCUCCAAUUUGCGUCGAUGCUUGAGCCUCGCGGAGAAUCAGAACCGCGAAAUCGGUAGUGGGGCUGGUAAUGUUGGACCCUUCUCCAUGGAAGUGAUCCCAGAAACUGAGUUGCAAACCAGUUCCCAGAACCUUGGGCCUUCCUCUUACCCCCGACGAGACUCCACAAUGGAGCAGAUUUUAGCCUGGCAACAGGGGGCUGCCUCUAUGCUGUCACUGAAUGCUACACCAAACGGAGUAAGUGGAGCUGAUCACAGCUCGCAGUCAGGCUCGCGUCACAUAUUUCACGCACCGCCUUUCCCCGAGCCCACCGAACAGCGUUCCAGUGAAGCGACCUUUUUUGACACUCGCAACGAGCCCCUGCCGAAUAACAACUACAUGGCUCGCAGCGGGCGAGAUUCAGGUUUCAUAGACAUACCUUCUCACCAGAACUUUGCUCAAAUGGACUCGUCGGCUUACUCUGUCAUUCACUUGCGUCAACCCUCUGAGCCAAGAACACAGGAGACUUCCGAUGUGAAGGAGAUUACAGACGCAUUUGAAGGGCUAGCGUCGGAUGCGCUGAAGGGUUCCAGUCCACUAGUGUCCACAUCCCCGCUUCAAAUGCCUACCUCGUCCCAACAGAUUCAUGGGAUGGCUGAAAUAGGUGUUGAUAACUGGUGGACAGCGGGUUUUGCUGCGAUCCACCAAAAUCAGCAGGAGCAGCAACAACAACGACAAAUUAGUGUCAACAAUGCUGCCAAUGGUGGCGGCGUUUGUCAGGACUGGAAUGUCUAUCAGAACGGCAUUUUUGCAUCGACGAGUGGCAGGAAUGGCUCCGUCGAUGGCGUUCAUGCCGCUGAUAAGUAUGAGAAGCGGAGGUGUUUCAUGAAAUGUAGUUCCAUAGGAGUACGUGUCUUCGCCAUGACAACUGAGUCGCCAGGACUGAGACGACCUCCACCCAGACCUCCCAAAUCUCAAUACCUUUUGAACAGAGAGAUUGAAGUAUUGGCUGCGAGGCAAGCUGCUUCCCGACUUUCGUCAGUUCCUUAUCCCAGAGAAAAAAAUCCUUUUGGGGAAAGUUCUGGCGAAGAAUCAGGCACGUGUGACACUAAUUCAUCACCACCACCGAAAACUGGCAAAAACCCUUUUGCUGAGUGUGAAUCCGAUGAUGAAGAGCCUGACUCAAGGUCUGAAGAAAAACUAGCGACCUAUGGUGUGAAGGAGAUUGAGAGUCCUAUCAAAUUAGCUGAAGUGAAUAAAGUGUCUUCUUCGAAUCCCUUUGAUGUUAUAACCGACCCGGCGGAGGAGGGGGCAGCAGAGAUGGGGUCACAUGAGUCUUCCCCUCCUUCUCAUCCGUCUCAAAAUGCAUUCAAAACUGUAGGAGAAAGGCGAAAUAGUGAAGAGAGUCCGAUUCUUCCAAGGCUUCCACGUAAGCGCUUAGCGCCGAAGCCACCGAGAUUACAAUCGAAUUCCAUGGAGGUUCUUGUGACUGACACAGCCACUGCUAGCACUUGUAUGCUGCCAUCCUCUGCGUUGCGUCUCUCGCUACGGGGGAUGAAUGAAAUUGCUGUGAGGUCCUCCCCAACUACGUGUCGAAAGAACUCCACUUCGUGUGAAAUCGUGCACACUAAGGGCCCCGCGCCACCACUGCCAGUGGCAGAGAGGCGGGAAAUUCGGGCAGAGGGAUUCGUGAAGUACCCCAAACUGAGACGCGAGAUUGAGGAGGCGAAUGUGCGACUGUCCCAGUAUGAUGGUGAAAUUGAGGUUUGUGAGGCCAAAUUGAAAAGUGCUGGAGACGACCCAGUAAAAUCCAAGAAGUAUACAAAGAAGCUGGCGAAGCUGAAAGGGAAGCGACAGUCAGUGGCUAACAAGCAGAAGGAACUCAGUAAUCGGCUGCAGGAGCAAGUGCUGGAGGAUCGGCACGCCGACUUGGAAUACGAGUUGCGUGGUAUUCUGGCCAAGCAAGAACAUCUUCGAACAACCAAAGAGCAGGAAAGGGCGGAUGAAUUGCUGCAGCUUCUGUUGGAAAUAGUUCAGGAGCGAGGUAAGCUCGUGGAAGAACGAGCCUCUCCAGAGAGAAAUCAGCCUCCAGUCCCCUCACCCGAGCCUCUUUCAGAAGGGCUCACUGUCGACGGACCCUCGGCCGAUGUGAUCAGAAGUGACUGGAUAGAGCCCACGAAAAGUUACACUCGCAGAGUUGAAUAG